AUGCUCCUCAAGUUUUCAUCCAGAGUUUUGCCACGGUUCGAAUACCCACGGUUCUAUGGAAAGCAGAAGGCGUUUCGAGCGGAGAAACUGUCGCUGCAGAGGGAGCUGGCACGCGCACAUAAGUCGGAGGCUGCCUUAAAGGACGAGGCCGGGGUGCAUUCCAUACAGCUCGAGGCGCUGCUGGCGGUGAAGAAAGCCUUGGAUACGGAGGUUGCCACUCAGGAGGUUCAGCUGACCAGUCUUUCUGCAGAAGUGGAAACCCACGCGAGGAUGGAAAACGUCAUGAGACGGGAGCACUUCGCCGCCGAGCACAAGAAAGCCGAGUUUUUGAACGAGAUGAAGCAAGAAGAACAGGCACUUCGUACGCGCUUCAAGGAGGUGGAAGUGGAGGCGACGAGGUCCGAGAUGGGCGUGCGGUCCAUGGAGCACCUCGUGGCCAAGGUCGAAAGGGCGGCGGCGAUAAACAGACAGAUUUACAGGGUGGACGAAACAAAAUAUAAACUGAUCAAGGAGUCCAGCGAGAGUUUUUGCCAGACAAUGGUCAACGACGACGGCCUGUGGGACUACCAAGACGGGCUCACAAGAAACGUCUCCAGGAAUAUGCUACAGCGAAUACGAUGGCAAGCGCUUCGGCGAUUCGCGUCGUGUCCAUCUUGUCACGGGCUCGGCCCUUUCACCACUGUGGUGAAGGGAGAGAAAAAGAGCAGGAAGCUGGCGGCCUGCAAGGACCGGGCACAGAACGACUUCAUGGUGGAGCUGUUCCUCCGCCGGCAUGGCCUUCGUCAGGACGCAGAGCUAAAGCUCUACAUCUUCUUGGUCUCGCUAAAGACGCACUACAAGAAGACAGCAACGGUGCACACCUUCGCUCGCCUUCUGGACCUCCUCAACGACAAUAACAGCAGCAACAGUACCGUUGACGCCCAUGGCUACACACACAGCGCGCCCGGUCAUGAUCACGACUCCAAAGGGAAGAACCUAAAGGAGGCCGCGGCAAGCGCAUUCAAAGAAGCUGGGACAAAAGUAUCGUCAGACGAGUCCGCAGCAGUCAUUCCAAGCAACGACCUGGAAACGGCGGUGGACUGCCAACCGGACACCUCCGCCGCUGCUGCCUCGACUCGUCUCGAUGCCAACCCCAACUCCGCGCACGGUUGUAGCACGAUUGACACGACCGACCUACACGAUCCGUCGGCGAGGGAAGAAGCGGCCCAGCACACGCGGGGAACCCCAACCGCGACCGGCCUUGGCGAGUCACACCCGCCAGUAGGUGGGUCGGGUUCGGGAGACACCGCCGCGGGCAAGAGCCACAGCAACAACUCGGGGACCACAUCACCGACAGUGACGACGAAAACAUCGGCGACGACGACCGGCACUCACAACCACCGGGGUUCCGGUACGGCCGGGGGCCUCGCCGACCGCGACAAGAGCGUGUCUCCCACACCCGGCAAAGGCAAGCACAAGCACAAGGCGCCCAAGCGGUCUAGCGGGAGCAGCGCGAGUCACGGCGGACAGCACGGCGGCGCGAAGAAGGACAAGGGUUCGGGCAGCAAGAGAGAAUCCCCAUCGGGCUUGUCCGAAGAGGGACACGACAAGGCCGUCGCCGGGGAGUGCGAGGUACCGGCUAUCGACCUCCCGAAGCACGUCCUCACAGAAGACAACUGCACUUUUUGGGUUUCGAUGGAGAUGGCCGUUCGUGUCCUGACGGUAGUCCUGCACUGGUGCCCCCCGGCCAAGAGACACGCCUACAUGAGGUCCAUCGAGAGAACCGCGGCUCUACUGACGUCGAGAGGCCAUAUCACUGGAGUCGAGGCGAGCCAUUCGUUCAUCCGCUCCGCCAUGCGCAAGACCAUCGCCGCCGUGGAGUCGAGCGAGGGUGCUUCAGGCGCUGGGAUAGGCGGGGCCGGCAUCACGGAGACGAUGGGCGGCAUCCGUGGCUACUACGAGGAGGGCUGCGGCGUAGGCGGUGUGGUCACCGGGGACGCUGCCCUGCACGACGCCCGCAUCAUCAUCGACAUGGAUCGAGUCGUUGAGCUGGUGAUGGAGGUGAUGCUGUUAAGGCAGAACUCUAUCGAGCACCGGCUGAAGGUGCUCUUCACGGAAGGGGAUGAGAACGGGGACGGUGUGCUGAGCUUCGAAGAGUUCAACCGGAUUAUCCUCAGGGCCGCUCCCCACUUCAGCGAGAGGCGAACACUGCGCAUGUUCCGGGAAGCGCUAACUGCCGGUAAAGAAGGCACUUACGCUAUUGAGAAGGACACUUUUUGCGACGUUUGCCGACAGCACGGCCUCGUACAACUGAUCGACAUCGCGCAUCUAGAGAGGGCGGUUGAGGGAGGCCCUGAUGGCGCGGCGCGCCUCCACCUGCUGCAAAACGAACGUUCGGAGACAGUUCUACAGCAGCCUCUACAGCAGCCUCUACAGCAGCCUCUGCAGCAGCCGGUAGUGUCGGCUGUAGAGUCAGAAAGUACACCGCCAUCGCCAUCAACGCCCCCGCCCUUACCCGCAACGAUCGCGCUUAACGUUUCACUUGAAGUUCCACCGUUUCACAUGAAAAAGGGGGAGAGCAAAGAGUUGGGCAAAGAGUGCAAGAAGGGCAAAGCGUUGGAGGGUAAAAAAGAGGUUGCUAAAACGGAGGGGGGGGAGGUAAAAAUAGUGGACGAUAGAGAGGAGCGGCAGGAGGAUGACCAUGGCGACGAGAAGGAGGAGGAGGAAGAGGAAAAGGAGGAGGAAGAGACGGGUGUUGCGGAGUACCAUGAACGUGGCCUUGCCUGCGAAGUUUCGUCGGGCGAUGCAAGCGACGAAGGUGAUGAUAGUGGUGGCAGCGGUUCUAGUGCCGAUGAUGUUGAAGGUGAUCGUAGGGCUAAGGCUGAAGGGCCAAAGGGCGCAGCGGCGUUAGUAAUGAAAGGGAGCAAGCCCCCCGUACGAGGACGAAGAGGAAGGUAAACUUUGAGAUUACAGAGCUCUUUCGUAUCCCUUCCGUAGUUUUCCCAAGAAGGGCUUCAUUGUCUUGUACUCUUUCAACACGACUAAAAUGGUAGCCACAGAGGACUUACUUUGCUGCGACCUGGGUUCUAAAUAAUGGAAAGGGCUUCACCGUC